AUGAGGUUUUCUCUGCUCCUUUUCGCUCUUGGCUUUUUGGCCACCUUGAACAUCGUAAAUGGCAUUCACCUAGAACUCCGCGGCAAGACUGGAAUUUCUAGGUCCAGGCCUUGGAGAAGGACAAGCCCCAGUGGCCUCCAGAGCACUUUGGAAAACGACCAUAAUGUCCAGUACUUGACAAAUAUCACCUUGAACGGGCAACCGUUCAGUGUUUCGAUCGACACUGGCAGGAAAGUUUACUCAUUCCAGAUGAUGAUUUCGGAACUUAAUCCUGACGAUACUAUUUCCUUCAGCUCUGAUCUCUUUGUAACCUCUCAGGUUCCUGAGGCAGUUGACCAGCACUACCAGGUUGCAGUCAGUUACGCCUCUGGAGGUGUUGUCGGGAAAGUCUUCUCAGCCACGAUGGGAUUCGCCGGGUAUCAGGUUGAUGCUCAAUAUUUUUUAUUUACAAACUUGACGGGUGGAUCACAACCCGAUGAUGGUCUUAUCGGCCUUGGACCAUACACAGGUUCUGAGAUCAGAUCCCGAGGUAGGACAGCGGCUGCAGACCCUCCUCUCGACCGAAUCUUCCGCUCUAACGACACCAUAUCAAAUUUUCUCACUGUUCUUCUCGGCCGCUCUGAUGAUCCCGACGAACCUUAUCCAGGCGACCUCACCAUCGGUGAAGUCCUGGCUAAUUAUGAGGAUAUAUACACCCAGCCUCAACACCCAGUUACGUCGGUCAUGGUGCCCGGCAAUCAACAUUGGAUGACAUUGCUUGACGAGAAUGGGAUUAUCGGUCCAGAUGGUCAACCUAUCACCAUUAAGACCCAAGUGACAAAUGCAUCAUAUCCUAAUAACGCAACUGUCGUAUUUGAUUCAGGUUUCACGCUCCCACAAGUUCCUUCGUACGUUGCCGAGGCACUUUACAGUAAUGUUCCCGGUGCUUCGUUGAUGGAAGUCACGGGUAUGGAAAGCAUCUGGGUACUGCCCUGUGAUCAAGAAAUCAACGCGACCUUCUUGUUCGCUGGAAUUCAAUUCCCUAUUCACCCGCUUGAUCUCAACUUUGACUUCGGGGACAACCAGUGUGCCGGAGCUUUCCAGCCAUUCUCGUACGACAAUGCGGUGGACGGCGUGAUAACAUACGAUAUGGUCCUUGGCAUGGCUUUUUUGCGAAAUGCAUACCUCCUGAUCGAUUUCGGCUCCUUUGUUGACGAGGCGCCCUCUGGCACCAAUGCCCCAUACAUCCAAUUGCUGCCAACCACUAAUGCUAGUCAAGCCUCUAUGGACUUUGCGCAAGUGCGCUUGGGCAACAGCUCGAAUGCCUCCCUCUCUUCGCUGGCCAAGAAUUCUUCGUCCACGUCCUCGACAUCAAAGUCCAAGCUACCGAUAUGGGCAAUUGGUGUUAUCUUCGGCGUUGUUAUUUUGAUUUUUUUCCUUCUAGGCAUUUUCAUAUACUGUUGCUGCCGCCGCCGAUCGCAGCGCGUCUCUGCUCCUACACAGGCUGCAUGGAUUCCCUAUGGACCCCAGAACUACCAUCCACUCUACGACCCCUCACCGCAAGGAGCGCGUGAUAUGCGUGUGGCGCCUAACGCGAACCUACCCUCCUGAGCACAAAAGUGCUUGGGAUCCAUACUGCUGAUUGCGUGUACCUGGCUCGAGCGGGCUUGUAUUCUUGUCGUAAUACCCUGUUUUCCUGUAACAUCAUGUUGGCUCCUGCUCUAACCUCUCCACCCACUGGACAUUGUACUUGCCACUGCAUAGUAUAUAUCACGACUGAAAAGUCACUUACUUUUGUAAACUGAUGUAUCCAUCUAUUGAAUGUCUCUCAUAACCUUUGCCAAGU